AUGACGGAGAACUCGGACAAAGUGCCCAUCGCCCUGGUGGGACCCGACGAGGUUGAGUUUUGUAGCCCCCCGGCGUACGCCACGGUGACCGUGAAGCCCACCAGCCCCGCGCGGUUGCUCCAGGUCGGAGCCGUGGUCCUCAUUGCGGGGGCGGCGCUGCUGCUCUUCGGGGCCAUCGGGGCCUUCUACUUCUGGAAGGGGAGCGACAGUCACAUUUACAAUGUCCAUUAUACCAUGAGUAUCAAUGGGAAAUUACAAGAUGGGUCAAUGGAAAUAGAUGCUGGGAACAACUUGGAGACCUUUAAAAUGGGAAGUGGAGCUGAAGAAGCGAUUGAAGUUAAUGAUUUCCAGAAUGGCAUCACAGGAAUCCGUUUUGCUGGAGGGGAGAAGUGCUACAUCAAAGCACAGGUGAAGGCUCGAGUUCCUGAGGUGGGCACCGUGACCAAGCAGAGCAUCUCCUCUGAACUGGAAGGCAAGAUCAUGCCUGUUAAAUAUGAAGAAAAUUCUCUCAUCUGGGUGGCUGUAGACCAGCCCGUGAAGGACAACAGCUUCUUGAGUUCUAAAAUCUUAGAACUCUGUGGCGACCUUCCUAUUUUCUGGCUUAAACCAACCUAUCCAAAAGAAAUCCAGAGAGAAAGAAGAGAAUUGGUAAGAAAAAUUGUUACAACGAUGACCACAAGAAGAUUACACAGUGGUCCACGGGGCAACCCAGGGCCUGGAAGACCAAAUAACGAAACCAGACCCAGUGUUCAAGAAGAUUCAGAGCCCUUCAAUCCAGACAACCCUUACCACCAGCAGGAAGGAGAAGGCAUGACAUUCGACCCUAGAUUGGAUCAUGAAGGAAUCUGCUGUAUAGAAUGCAGGCGGAGCUACACCCACUGCCAGAAGAUCUGUGAACCACUGGGGGGCUAUUAUCCAUGGCCUUAUAAUUACCAGGGUUGCCGUUCAGCCUGUAGAGUUGUCAUGCCAUGUAGCUGGUGGGUGGCCCGCAUCUUGGGCAUUGUGUGA